AUGCGAGCUCGACCAACGCUCAUGCCCUAUGGGCUUCUCCUCCGCCCAGGGACUCCCACCCGCUCACCGGCUGCAGCGAGAGCAGCAACCGCCCUGAUAUGCUCUCAAUGCUUAAUAGACAGCUGCAUCUCCAGCUCCAGCUCACUCUCAUCUCCCAAUCUGCCAUACAACAUCCGCAGCUACCAUCCUUCGCGCCGAAAAAAUCAAUCGGCCCUUGGCUCUGCCGCAUCCGCCGCCCAAAAUCUAUUCUCGAAAGAGAGCCCCCCUCCUCCUCCUCCCCCACCACUGUCAUCACCUUCUUCCUCCUCGCCCUCACCAGCACUAUUAUCGCGCUCACCAGGAACUUCUCCGCGCUUGCCAGGCACGCCAGGCGGCGUCCCCGUAACCAUUGACCCCCUCCGCAUCGUCGCCAAAGAGCUCAAGUUCAUGAAAAAGAAUAUCCACAAGCUUCUCGGCUCCGGCCACCCCCUGCUCGACAGAGUCGCAAAAUACUACACAACAAGCGAAGGCAAGCACGUGCGGCCCCUCUUAGUUCUGCUCAUGUCGCAGGCGACGGCCCACGGGCCCAAAACGACCCGCCAGGUCCCAUUCGUUAGUGCUGCCGGUAUCAACGAUGGCAUUACAUCCCCUGCCAUACUGUCAGAUACAAACCCGGACCAGAGCGCAUUGCUCUCCUCCACUUCCCCGUCCUCGCUCGAGGCUGCGUAUACUGGGCUGGCAGGGAAUGUUGACGCCAACUACGACGCCGACAGCGGGAACGGCACAGACAUCCUCCCCGCCCAACAGCGGCUGGCGGAGAUUACAGAGCUAAUCCACACGGCUUCGCUGCUGCAUGACGACGUGAUCGAUAACGCCGUCACGCGGCGCUCCACCGUGUCCGCGAAUCUGGCAUUCGGGAACAAAAUGGCCGUGCUGGCGGGCGAUUUUCUCCUGGGCCGUGCGUCAGUUGCGCUUGCCCGCCUGCGCGACCCAGAGGUCAUCGAGCUGCUGUCCACCGUUAUCGCGAACCUGAUCGAGGGCGAGUUCAUGCAGUUGAAGAACACGGAGCGGGACGAGUUGAACCCGUCCUUCACGGAGCAGACGAUCACGUACUACCUGCAAAAGACGUACCUGAAGUCCGCCAGCCUGAUUAGCAAGUCGUGUCGGGCGGCAGCGCUGCUGGGCCAUUCGUCACCGGAGAUUGUGGAGGCGGCUUAUUCGUAUGGCCGGAAUCUGGGCCUUGCGUUCCAGCUUGUGGAUGAUAUGUUGGAUUAUACGAUUAGUGGGGAUGAGCUGGGGAAGCCUGCUGGUGCGGAUUUGGAGCUGGGACUGGCGACGGCACCGUUGCUUUUUGCCUGGAGGGCAAACCCGGAGUUGGGGGCGUUGGUGGGGAGGAAGUUCAGCGGGGAGGGGGAUGUGCAGUUGGCCCGCCAAAUCGUCUCCCAAUCCGACGGCCUCGAGCAAACCCGCGCCCUCGCGCAGGAAUACACAAAUAAAGCCAUCCAGUCCAUCCGUAUCCUCCCUGACACUGAGGCCAAGACAGGCUUAAUUGAGAUGUGCGCGAAACUCACCAAGAGGCGGAAGUGA